CAACAGACUUUUGUCUCAGCCUGCAGAGAUUGUUGACUUGCAUCCUAAGCAGAAGACAGUCUGCUGCUCAUCAUGACUCGCAACAAAUAUUUCAUUCUGCUUUCAUGCCUGAUGGUCCUUUCUCCAAGCCAAGGCCAGGAGGCUGAAGAAGAUCUACCAUCUGCCAGGAUCACUUGUCCAGAAGGUUCCAAUGCCUACAGUUCCUACUGUUACUACUUCAUGGAAGACCAUUUAUCUUGGGCUGAGGCAGAUCUUUUUUGCCAGAACAUGAAUUCAGGCUACUUGGUGUCAGUGCUCAGCCAGGCUGAGGGCAACUUUCUGGCCUCUCUGAUUAAGGAGAGUGGUACUACAGCUGCCAAUGUCUGGAUUGGCCUCCAUGAUCCCAAAAAUAAUCGCCGCUGGCACUGGAGCAGUGGGUCUCUGUUUCUCUACAAAUCCUGGGACACUGGGUAUCCUAACAAUUCCAAUCGUGGCUACUGUGUAUCUGUGACUUCAAACUCAGGAUACAAGAAAUGGAGAGAUAACAGUUGUGAUGCCCAAUUAUCAUUUGUCUGCAAGUUCAAAGCCUGAAAUCAUCUGAAAAAAAUAGUCAUACAGAGCCAGACAAGAAAAUACUAUGGAGUCAAAAGUGAAACUAGACCAUCUAUCAAAAGCAAAGUCAACCCCCUCUUCCUAGACAAACAUUCUUGCCUCACUGCCCUAUGGUAUUUUUAUCUCCAUUAUUGUAUGUAACCCUGCACAUUUAAAUAAAAAUACCUUCACAAUA